AUGAGAGUUUCACCAAAAUGCAAACUGCCGUCCUGGCUCAGAGCCGACUGCCUGUUUGCACCAAGUCGCGAGCGGAAGCCUGCGACUGACCAAAAUUCAGGGCGUCUGUGGCCUGAACAUGGUGUGUCCUGGCAUCACCAGUCCAGACUUCUAGCUGCAGUUAGUUCAGAGGGUCUCAGCCCCUGGGGUCUGCCCUUUCCUGGCUACUUCCCAUUGGGUCCCUUCAGGGCCCCAAAGCCCAGGACCCAGCAUCCACAGGCCGCUACCAGACGCCUGACAGCUCCGCUAACUCCAUCACGGCUCAUUUCACAGCAAAGAUGUCAGGAUGCCAUACACAUCCAGAAGUGGGUCAAGAUGCUUAAAGACUGGCCGAAAUAUAAAAACACCAAGAAACUCUCCCACAGAGUGUACAAAGGAAUUCCCAAAACAGUACGAGGUCAGGCAUGGUCACUCCUGCUUGACAUUGGCCAAAUCAAGACUGAAAACCCCGGGAAAUAUAGGGUCAUGAAGGAGAAGGGCAAGAGUUCCUCCAGGAUCAUCAGCCGCAUCAAGCUAGAUGUCAAGCACACCCUCCAGAACCACGAGAUGUUCAUAGAAGGACUCGGGGUCAAGCAGCAGAAAUUAUGUGAUAUUCUUGUGGCCCACUCUGCAUAUAACCCUGAGAUGUGCUACCACAGGGACCUGAGCUGCAUCACCACAAUCUUCCUCCUGUAUCUGCCAGAGGAAGAUGCCUUCUGGGCGCUGACCCAGCUGCUGGCCACAUUCUACAGUCCAAAUACAGCCCCGCUGCAGAAGCUUCUGUCGCACCAGGAGCAGGUGUUGCGCAAGUCCUUCCCCAAGAUCAUGAGACACCUGGGCAAGGAAGGGCUGUGCAUUGAGGGUUCCAUGCUGACGAGGCUCCUCCGGUGUUUCAUUGACGGGAAAUCCUUCGGGCUCACCCUGCGACUGUGGGAUGUGCUCAUCUUGGAGGGCCAGCGGGUAUUGACGGCCAUGGCGCAUGCAUCAUUCAAAAUACACAGGAAGCGCCUCAUGAAGCUUUCCUGGAACACCAUCCGGGAGUUUCAGGAGUGGCUAUCUCAGAGCUGGGCCCUGGAGGACAAUGCUGUCCUCAGGAACCUUCGAGCCUCCAUGAAGGAACUCACAAGGACACACUGGGACCUGCCACCCCCAGAGAGCUUGCUACAAAACACACAUUGCUAUACCACAGCCUGGGUCUUGCAAUCCAAGCCUGGAAAGGAUUCCUUCAUGUCAAGGAAUAAAGGAAUGGCUGUCCUGAAUCCUGGAUGCCCAAAAAAGGAGGAAUGGGGUCAACCAGCAGCAGGCCAGUCACGGAAAGGGAUCAAAUGUGAGUGCAUGGCCUUCCUGACACCCAGGCAAGACUUUGGUCACAAAGCCUGGCUGCCGCUCUGGCCACUGACUCGGACCAGGGACGCCCCUACGCAGGCCGGUCUGCCCUGCCUGCUCUUCUCCCUCCUACCACCCUCUCUUCGGCUGAUUGUGCUGCACGGGGACCGGCACGGGGAGGAGGGCUUACAGAGACAAGCCAAAGCCAACAAGCUGUUGUUCGCAGAGGUGUUUGCAGGAGGGAGCCUGGUGCAUGGAGACGUGGGGGUGUGA